AUGAGCUCUACUGUCUCUGUCUUCAAGCCCGACGUGUUUGCCGGCAAGGUCGCCUUCGUUACUGGAGGCGGAUCGGGCAUCUGCUACGGCAUUGUCAAGCAGCUCAUGGCCCACGGCUGCAACGCCGCCAUCUUCGGUCGCCGCCAGAAGAACAUCGAGGACGCGGCGGCCGCGUUGAGCAAGGACACGGGCAAGAAGUGCAUCGGCAUCAGCGGCGACGUGCGCAAGCUCGACACGCUCCAGGAGGCCAUCAAGCGCACCGUCGCCGAGUUUGGCCGGAUCGACUUUGUCGUCGCAGGUGCCGCCGGCAACUUCCUGAGCCCGCUCGCAGGCCUCAGCGCCAACGCCUUCAAGACGGUCCUCGAGAUCGACACCCUCGGCACGUACCACACGUUCAAGGCGACGAUCGACGAGCUGUGCAAGACCAAGGGCUCGAUCCUCGCCAUCUCUGCCACCUUGCACUACACCGCCACCCCGCUGCAGGCGCACGUGUCGGCGGCCAAGGCCGGCGUCGACGCCCUCAUCAAGGUCAUCGGCGUCGAGUACGGCCCGCGAGGGGUGCGCGCCAAUAUCAUCGCCCCUGGACCGAUCGCCGGUACCGAGGGCAUGGACCGCCUCAUGCCGAAGGAGCUCGUCGCCGAGCACACACGCGCCAUCCCGCUCCAGACGUACGGCUCGAUCGACGACAUUGCGCAGGCGGCAACGUUCCUCUUCUCGCCCGGCGCAAAGUACAUUACGGCGACGACGCUCGUCGUCGACGGCGGCAGCUGGCAUACGUCGCAGAGUGUUGGCGGCAGCGGCGUGUACCCGGACGCCUUCCUCCCGGGCGGAGAGAAGGCUUUCUCGAAGCUGUAG